CAGCAGUUGUAGUAAACGGUGUGAAUGGAUCCAGCUCGUUGUCUCCAGACACCAGCGGCCCCUCAGAGGCGGAGUCCCCGUCAGACCCCGGCCCCGCUGACACCACCUCUUCUGACGGGGGGCCGGUCCUCCCGCCGCCCAGGAGACGCCUCCGCCGCCGCACCCCCCGCUCAGAGACCCCCCACCGGGACAGCUCCCUGGAGGAGAAGCCCGCCGUGCUCAGGAAACCCCCGAGAGCCAAGAGCACGCCGGCCCUCUGCAGCAAGGAGAGCCUGAGAGCGUCCGGAAGACUGGACUGGAGCGAGAGACAGGGGGAGGAACGUAGGGCGAGGAACAACAGCCACACGUCUGACGCCUGCGUACAGACCACCCGGCGGGGGUCCGAUAAGAAGAACUCGAACCCUGAGCGGCGGCGCGCUCGAUCCGCCGACCUGGAGAAGACGAGGCGCUCGCAGCUGAGCGUGGCGGGCGACCGCUGGGUGACGGAGUACAUGCGCUGCUUCUCCGCCCGGCUCAGGUAGAAAACAAGACUCUCUGAAAACCACGUUCCCUUUCUGAAGAGCAAGCAUCAGACUCUCUGAGCACCAUGAGGUCUCAGUGCAGAGGAGUCACUGAGAGAGAAGCUCUGCUGUCAGGGGGAAACACACUGAAUUUAGACUGUCAUUUCAUCGUUAAACACUCACACUCAGAAUCUACAGUACAUUCAAGAUUCAAGGCUUUUAUUCUCAUGUGUGCUACAGUGUAGAUAUGACAAUGAAACUCUGAGGUCACAGACUGCUCACAAUAACACAGAUACAAUAGUGCAAGUAAAUAACAUAAAAUCGAAUAUCGUAGAAAUAGUGC